AUCACCAAUUGGGCGUUUUUGGUUGGUUUUUGGUUUACUUGGUUGUCAUUUUUUAAAGUUGAGUUGGGUUGAGCUAAAUACUCUAUGGUUGCAUUGUUUAAUCUGUUCAUUCAAUGUAGACCAUAGAUAUGGACAAUGGAAAACGAUUGUAUGGGCUUAGAGUAGAUGCAAAUAUCAGUUUCAUGUUUACAGAGUGGGAAAAUUUUAUUGACAGAUACAGUGCAGCAUCAAAUGCAGGUUUUAAAGGUGUUGAAUCUGGAGAUGAAAUUUACCAGUAUUCAAUAGAAGAAAUUGCAAAAGCAAAAUCUGAAGCUAAUGUUCGACAGAUUGUAAUUGUAAGUUUUGGAGGUCCAAUCAAGGCAUUAACAGCCAUUCCAGGAAGAGAAAAUGAAUUUUAUCAAACAUUUCAGAAAACUUUGAAAUAUGCUCUUGCAUUAAAUUGUGAUAGGGUUCAUGUUUGCUCCGGAUUGAUGGCAAACUUAAACGAUUAUUCGAAGUACGAGGAAAUAUAUCUAAAGAAUUUACGUUAUUGCUCUGGAGAAGCAAAAAAGGUAGGAAUUCAUAUUUUAAUUGAGCCAAUAUCAACAAUACCUGGAUAUUUUUUAAACAACACAAAUCAAGCCAUCGAGAUUUUGAAAAAGUUAAAUUGCAGCAAUGUUAAACUGGAGUUUGAUUUUUUUCAUGCCCAAAGGACGCAUGGUAACAUGACCAAAACACUUAGAGAAAACAUUCAUCAUAUAGGUCAUAUUCAGGUGAGCCAAGUACCAAAAAGGGAUGAACCAAGUAACUCUGGCGAAAUAAAUUACAAUUACAUAUUCCGUUUAUUACUUGACUUAAAAUAUGAUCAAUGGAUUGGUUGUGAAUACAAUCCUCAAGGUGACACAAUUCAUGGCCUUCAAUGGAUAACAGAUUACGGGUUGACGUUUUAGGACUGUCCAUCAUAAAGUUUUACAAAAAAACACAGAGGAAAGCUUAAAAUAAACAGGUGAAUUUUUUGUCAUAUGUAUACUGGUUAAAGAAAAACGCGGCUGCAAAAUUAAUGUAACUUCAGUGGUUAGGCUCGAAUUGGCCAUAAAAUUAAGAAGCAAUUUUUUCCAAUGUCAAUGCAGUUUACAAAAAAUAAAUUUUUUCCAAAAAUGA